UCUGCUGGAAAGGGGAUGGCUUCCUGCAGAGUGGGUCUUCGAGGCCAAAGAGGCGGGCGUGGGGCGUGCGGUCACAGGCGUCCGGGCCGGCCAAUCGCUGGGCAGCGGCUCCUCCCGCGGGGCGGGGGCCUGGUGGGCAGGCGGGGCGCCAGCUCGCUCCAGUACCAUUGCUGCCGCAUCCCCGCUGCGUGUCCGCACCAACCUCCUGGCAGCCGCACCACUCCGGCUCACGCAGCUCAGUGGCGGCCUCCCGGCCCCGCACCCACUCCGACGGCGACUUCGGCUCCAAUUGAGCCGGGCCCAGCUCUCAGCUACCCGCAGGAGGAGGCCACCCUCAACGAGAUGUUCCGUGAGGUUGAGGAACUGAUGGAGGACACGCAGCACAAACUACGCAGCGCGGUGGAAGAGAUGGAGGCAGAAGAGGCUGCUGCUAAGACAUCAUCAGAAGUGAACCUAGCGAGCCUACCUGCCAGCUAUCACAAUGAGACCAACACAGACACCAAGGUGGGAAACAACACCAUCCACGUGCACAGAGAAAUUCACAAGAUAACCAACAACCAAACCGGACAGACGGUCUUUUCAGAGACAGUUAUUACAUCUGUGGGAGAUGAAGAAGGCAAAAGGAGCCACGAGUGCAUCAUUGACGAGGACUGCGGGCCCUCCAGGUACUGCCAGUUUGCUAGCUUCCAGUACACCUGCCAGCCAUGCCGGGAGCAGCAGAUGCUCUGCACCCGGGACAGUGAGUGCUGUGGAGACCAACUUUGCGUCUGGGGUCACUGCAACAAAAAGGCCACCAGAGGUGGCAAUGGAACCAUCUGUGACAACCAGAGGGACUGCCAGCCUGGGCUGUGCUGCGCCUUCCAAAGAGGCCUGCUGUUCCCCGUGUGCACACCCCUGCCAGUGGAGGGUGAGCUCUGCCAUGACCCGGCCAGCCGGCUCCUGGACCUCAUCACCUGGGAGCUGGAGCCUGAAGGAGCUUUGGACCGAUGUCCAUGUGCCAGUGGCCUCCUCUGCCAGCCCCACAGCCACAGCCUGGUGUAUGUGUGUAAGCCAGCCUUCGUUGGUAGCCACAGCCAAGACGGGGACAGCCUGCUGCCCAGGGAGGCUCCUGAUGAGUAUGAAGAUGGUGGCUUCAUGGAGGAGGUACGCCAGGAACUGGAGGACCUGGAGAGGAGCCUGACCCAGGAGAUGGUGCUCGGGGAGCCUGCUGCUGCUGAGCUGCUGGGGGAAGAGGAGAUUUAGAUGCAAACCCGUGUCUCGGGUAGACGUGCAAUAGAAAUAGCUAAUUUAUUUCCCCAGGUGUGUCCCCUAGGUGUGGGCUGGCCAGGCUUUCCCCCGUGUCUUCUCCCCAGUAAACUUUCCCUCUGGCUUAACAGAAUGAGGUGCUGUGUGUCCGUCCAGCUGCCCGCGGCUGCCCUCCAACGCGUCACCGUUCUGGUGCUUGAGAAAGACGGGGCCUGGCAGGGUGAGGGCAGAACCCAGCCCCUGGGCCCCUACGGGUGGGCAGGCAUUAUUUGAGAACUGUUGGAAGGGAAAAGGUGAAAAAUGAGGCAGAGCCUGCCCUUGAUGGGUUUUGGGGAGGCGUGGAGAAGGGCACCCUGCUUUUGCAAACAUCCACGUGGCAAAAACGCAAAGAUCUUUCCACGGGCAGAGGCAGCUGUUGCAGGGAUGCUCAGCUCGCCCCGCUUCACGUGCUCAUCCACUCGGCUGCUUCCCUCGGCUCCUACCUGGGCGUCAGGACGGUAUUCUCAUUCCCCCGACUGACUCCCUCUCAUCACAGCCUGUGGAGGAGGAGCAUUGUUCUCAUCUCUGAAGGAUCUUGGAGACUCAGAGACCACAAGUUACUUGCCCAAGUCACACAGCUAGUGAAGACCAGAGUGGGGUUUCACCCAGGGGUGACUCCAAGCCCAGUGUUUUUCCAGUUACCCUACCCCCCACCAAACUCAGUGCCAUCAACAGUACUUCCAAAAGGAAGGAGAAUGAGAUCUUUUUCUUUUGAGGCACAUCUGAUAACUCUUUAAGAUUGAUUCUGUUAGAAAUAGCAAUGUGGGGUAGCCAUCAUUCUGGUGGAGACCAGUGGCGUGGACAUUCCCCCUGUGGCCAUUUGCAUUAGUCAUUUUGAAGGUAUAGUAUUUAAGUUAACUUGCAGAAAACACUGAGAUAAUGGUAGGGCAGAGAUGAUUAAUGAAAUUUGAAAAAUCACUUAGCAGCAGCUGAAGGUCAUUAUUGACCACAUGGAGCAAAUAAAACGAAGCCAGGUUCUAUGAAAUAUGGUUGUAAUAUUCAAACUGAGAACACUGAACUGGAUGUCAUUCCACAAAUGAUAUUUUCAGGUGCCAGGAAUUGUUUCCAUCAUGUAUUUGUUCAGAGUUAUUAAAUUUUAAAGUUGCACAUGACUGUAUAAGCAUGCUUUCUUUGAGUUUUAAAUUAUGUAUAAACACAUGUUGCAUUUAGAAAUCCAGUAUAAAUCACUUCGACUACA